AUGGCAUGUUUUGGGCCCUAUAUGCUGGCCUUUAAGGCUGGUAAUCCUGGUGGACCUGGACCUGGUUGUCGAGGACGAGGUAGAUGUCAAGGCAACUGGAAUAUGGGACCACCUGGUGGACUACAGGAAUUUAAUUUCCUUGUGCCAACUGGGAAAACUGGAUUGAUAAUUAGAAAAGGAGGUGAAACCAUAAAAAGCAUAAGCCAGCAGUCUGGUGCAAGAAUAGAGCUUCAGAGAAAUCCUCCACCUAACGCAGUUCCUCAUAUGAAGUUAUUUACAAUUGGUGGCACUCCACAGCAAAUAGACUAUGCUUGGCAACUCAUAGAAGAGAAGAUUGGGAGCCCAUUAAAUCCUUUAGGGCCACCUGUACCCCAUGGACCCCAUGGGGUUCCAGGUCCUCAUGGGCCUCCUGGGCCUCCAGGGCCUGGAACAAUGGGACCAUACAAUCCUACACCUUACAACCCAGGACCGCCUGGCCCAGCUCCGCAAGGUCCUCCAGAUCCAUAUGCUCCCCAGGGAUGGGGAAAUGCAUAUCCACAUUGGCAGCAACCGGCUCCUCCUGACCCAGCUAAGGCAGGAACAGAUCCAAACUCAGCAGCUUGGGCUGCUUAUUAUGCUCACUAUUACCAACAGCAGGCACAGCCCCCACCUGCAGCUCCCACAGGUGCACCAGCUACAACCCAAACUAACGGACAAGGUAACUACAGAGAUCAGCAGAAUCCAGCUCCAGCUGGACAGGUUGAUUAUACAAAGGAUUGGGAAGAGUACUACAAGAAAAUGGGUCAAGCAGUUCCUGCUCCUACUGGGGACCCACCAGGUGGUCAGCCAGAUUAUAGUGCCACUUGGGCUGAAUACUAUAGACAACAAGCAGCAAACUAUGCCCAGACAAGUCCACAAGGAAUGCCGCAGCAUCCUCCAGCACCUCAGGGCCAAUAAUAUGAAGUGGACAAUACAGUAACAAUACAGUAUUUGCUUCAUUGUGUGGGGGAAAAAAACCUUUGUUAAAUAUAUGGAUGCAGACGACUUGAUGAAGAUCUUAAUUUUGGUUUUGGUUUAAAGUAGUGUUUUCCCCUCUUUUUUUUUUUUAAUUUGGAAAAUGUACAAAAUAUCUAUCACUACUGAUAGGAGGUUAAUAUUUCUGUGUAGAAAUGAAAAUUGGUUUGUUUUUAGUCUU